AUGCAGUCUAUUUCAAACGGUUGUACCGAUGCAAUUGUCCAGCCUACCUCUAUUAGGGUUGUGUUGAGGUUAAAACCACUUAUUGAUGAAGCGGCCAAGCUGUCAUAUGUGGAAGAUGGCGCUGGAUCCUUAUCGUUACAAGAUUUCCCACAAGUAGCUGGUAAGGCAACUUUCUUUAGUGAUGCAAAUGAUACCAAUAAAUUUCGAUUCAAUAAAGUUUACGACGUAGGUGUGAGACAACAGGAAGUAUGUGAAGAUAUCAUUGGUGACAAUGUAAUGGAACUCCUAGCAGGUUUCAAUGUAAGCAUAAUGGCCUUUGGAUCAGAAGGGUCUGGUAAAACAUAUACUAUGUUCGGUAAUGAUCACGAGGAAGGUAUAGUUCAGCGGAUGUGCCAAUCAAUCUUUGAUCAAUUGGAUAAGUUACAUGAAGAUAGUGGCAAUGAAUCAACUAUCAGUAUAAAUUUCUUCGAGUUAUUUGCUGAGAAUGUUUAUGAUCUCUUAUCUCUUCAGAAAAAUUCAAAAGUUUUGAAGACAUCCAGUGAUACCAAAACACAUACUUUGUCUGUUAAGGGUCUUCGAACUGUCAGCGUCAAUUCCGUUUAUGAGCUUUUAGCUUAUAUUAAUGAAGGUCACCUUCGUAGGUGUCAUUCGGAUUCUCAUUAUAGGAAAUCUAGAUCUAGUGCCUUUUUAAAUAUUACAGUGGAACAAAGGAAUAAAAAGGAGGAGACCUUGAAGCAUAGCGUUUUGCAACUAAUAGAUUUAGCCAGUUCUGAUAAAUUGGAUAAGAAUUUGAAAUAUGAUAUUUCAACCGAUGAGAUGAAAUCUACCAAUUCAUCUAUGCAAAAUUUGCAUCAAGUAGUUUAUGGACUAUCGGAAUUAGAAUCACCAUCCUCAAAGAACCAUAGCUCUAAACAUACUCAUCGUACCUCUCGUCUGGCAAAAUUUUUACAACAGGCAAUUGGUGGUGAUAGCAAGACUACAGCCGUGAUGCUUUCUUCCACCGAUAAGGCGGAUAGAGAAAAUACUGUAAUCACUCUAUCGUUGGGCUCCAGACUCAGAUCAAUCCAUAACUUUCCAGUACAAAACAAAAUGGGACUUAAUUCUAAAGCUCUUCUCGAUCUUAGACUAAAGAAUAUGAGCACAAGGGAGGAUAGUUAUUUGACUCGAAUAAAAUAUUUGGAAGAUGAAGUUAGUAAAUUGGGUGGUACCAUUCAGCAGAAUAAAAACCAAGUUUCCACAAACAAAUCUUUGACCGAAAAGAAUAUGAAGUUAAUGGAUCAAUUAGAAUUAUAUCGUAAAUCUCAACAAACUCAGAAAUCCGGUUCUGAAGAAGAGAAUUUAACGUCUCAACAAAAUGGAAGGAUUCAAAAUGAGAUGUCUGAAGUUUUAGAUAACCUAAUGGAAAAAUGCGAAAGAGUAAUUCAAUUACAGAUGAGAUUGGAUGAAGAAUUACGCCAAAAGUCACAAAUGUCGCAGCAACUCAACUACAAGGAAUCAAAGGCUCAGGCUCUUGAAGCUAUGAACGUUAAGCUUUUAGAACAACUGAACACCAACGAAAAUGAAAUGAGGAACGUUCUCAAUACCAAUUCAAUUCUGCGAAAAGAGAUGGAAAAAUGGAUGCAUGUAGCUAAAACACGUUCAGAAAAAAUCGAAGAAUUACAAAAUGAGAUCCAAGAACGUCAGGUUGGAAAUGUCCCUCAAAAUGGUCUAUUGUUUCCCCCAGGAGAAUUGAAUCAUAUUAGAGAUGCCUCUAAGAAUAAAAAGGGCAAUUGGUUAUUCGGUAAUUCCAGUAAUAACGCUCUAGGGACCAGAAAAAUAUCUAAUCUAUCCAAUAGUAACAAUCUAGGGACCAGGAAGGUAUCUAAUGUAUCCACUAGUAGUGCCGUGACGAUAAAUUCCCAAGAAUCUAAUAGCUCUAAGACAUCCCAUAGAGGACUUAACCUUCAUGCAGUUCGACUACCUUCAGGCAUUGAGAACGAAAACUCUAGUGACAAAAACAAUCCUUAG